AUGAGUUUGGCCCAGUGGAUGACUCUGAAUAAACGGUGUUCUGCAUCCACUCCUGUUUUGAAACAUGGACCCCAGGGCUGGCUGCAGUCGGUCUCCCCACUGAAAGGUGCAACGGAUUUUCCAGCUGUCCUCAUCUGGCAGCCUCCCCGAUUCUCACAGCAACUUGGUGACCAAAAGGCAGUGCAUGACCAGAAUGAGUUAUUCUCCAUCCCAUUCCUUAGACAUCUGGACAUUAUUUGUGUUUCGGCCAAUAAUGUGACUGAGCAGCUGUUUGCUUUCAAUGACACACAGGUCAUUCCCCCAAGGACAUCAGGGGAACGUAAGGUACAUAGAGGAGACACCAUUCUGCUUCAGAGCUGGACACCUGCCCUACUCCAUGUCACAUUCCAACACAACCCAUUUCACCAACCCCUCCACCUUCAUCCUGCUGGGAAUUCCUUCCUCCAUGAGCCCAUGUACUAUUUCCUUUGUAUGGUGGCUGUUGCCGACCUGGUCCUGACCACAACCACCCUGCCCAAAAUGCUGAGCAUCUUCUGGUUCAGUUCCAAGGAGAUCGAUUUCAGUGCCUGCCUCGCCCAGCUGUACUUCAUUCACUGCUUCUCAGUGAUGGAGUCAGGGAUUUUCGUGGCCAUGGCGUUUGAUCGCUUCGUGGCCAUCUGCCAUCCCCUGAGACAUUCCACCAUCCUCACAAACCCUGUGGUGGGCAAGAUCAGCCUGGUUGCGAUGUUGCGCGGUAGCAUACUCUUACUACCCUGUCCCAUCCUGGCGAGUCGCUGGCCGUAUUGCAGAACCAACAUGAUCCCCCACACGUUCUGUGAGCACAUCGCCGUGGUGAAGCUGGCCUGCGCCGACAUCCGCAUCAGUAGUUACUACGGCCUCUUUGUGGCCUUCUUGGUGAUUGGUGUGGAUGUGUUCCUCAUCAUCCUGUCCUAUAUUCAGAUCCUCAGGGUCAUCUUCAGCCUCCCCACCAAGGACGCCCGGCUCAAGACAUUUGAGACCUGCAGCUCCCACCUCUGUGUCAUUUCUGCCUUUUACAUCCCACGGCUCUUCUCCUUCCUCACGCAACGUUUUGGCCAGAAUGAUCUCCUGCAUUUCCACAUUCUCUUUGCCAACGUGUAUCUCCUGAUGCCCCCCAUGCUGAACCCCAUCAUCUAUGGGGUGAGGACCAAGCAGAUCUGGAACAGGCUGCUCCGUCUGUUUACUCAUAAAGGGACCUGA